AUGGCCCCUCUUUCUACGGGCUAUGCGCCCGACCUUGAGAAAUAUCUCCGGUCUCUCAAGGGCCAAGCUUUGGAAUCCUCCGUUGAGAGUCUUGUCUCACUCCUCAGGCGCCGCCAGAUCAAGGGUUCUGAGCCCUGCGCCGUCGCAACCGCACAUAUUCUACUCCAGGUCGUCGCCCGAUCGAAAUGGUUCAACGUUGACGGCCUGAUUGACAAUGUUUCCCGCAUUGGUCGUCGACUUGUGGAAGCGCAGCCCAAGGAGCUCGUGAUUGCGAACAUCGUGCGCCGAGUCUUGGGCCUCAUUCGCGACGAAGCAGCCGAGGAUAGAAACGAGGGUGCUAGCGAAACCCUCAGUGAUGCCCAGAACACACCAACAGAUGCUGUCCCGAACCCAGAUGCUCUUGCUCACCAGUGGCCGCCUUCGACAUAUGGCAAGCAAGAUUCCGCCGGUGACUAUAUAACCAACAGUGCCAAGCCUCCUCCCGCCCGCCCUGGCCCUUUGUCCUCUUACAGCUCAGUCAACAUUCCCAAGACCCUCUUUCACCUCCUCUCAGUGACUACACCAGGCGAGCUUGCCCCCAGUAGCCAAGGAUCUCCUUUGGGUCUGUCAGGGACGUCUACUCCUUCAUGGAAGGCUCCCUCUGCCCAGGUUCAUGCUUUGAGAUCUGAGGUCAUUGACGGCAUCGAGGAGAUCAAGGACGAGAUUAGCCAAGUGGACGACCAGAUUGCGUCCUUGGCCGAGGUCCAGAUCCACCCUGGUGACUACGUGCUCAUUCACCAGCCGUCUCCUACAGUCGAGCGAUUUAUCCUACGUGCAGCUUUAAAGCGACGGUUCACAGUUCUCAUCGCCAUCGAGCCCCCGAAAAAGCACACCCCUGAAGUUCAGCAUGCUGGGUUCCGAAAGAAGCUCCAGUCUGCCGGAAUUUCGGUGAUCAACGUUAUGAAUGGAGGACUGAUGGCAUACAUGUCCCGAGUGGACAAGGUUAUUCUUGGCGCGCGAGCCAUUGUGGCCAACGGUGGAGUUGUCGCUGACGCGGGUGCUGCUGCUGUGGCUCGAGCUGCCAAGGAGCAAGGCAACGCAGUCAUUGUUCUCAGCGGCGUGUACAAGCUGAGCCCUGAGAACCCCUUUAACGAGGACGCACUCAUUGAGUGGGGAGACUCUGCUAGCUAUGUCAACUUUGCAGACGGACAUAUGGUGAACAGCGUCGAGGUCCGGACUGCUAUCACAGAGCUGGUUCCGCCAGAGUUGAUUGAUACGUACAUCACCAAUCUGGGAACACAUUCAAGAGACCAUCUGUCGAGUCUCAUCGCAGACCAUUACAAGCAGGAGGAUGUUGACUUCCACCUGUGGAGCGGAUGA